GGAUGACUUGGCUUGGGGUCCGGUCUAAAUGAUGGUACUUUCCAGUCAUUAAGCGGGCUUCAGUAACUAUAGUUAUGGCUAUUCUGGGAAGACUGCUCCUCUGCUUCGCACUCUGGCAUAUUCUACAGGUCCAGGGAGUGUCAAAGUUCACGAACGUCGAGUGCUUCAAUAUAGACGAGAGCUUCACCAAUUUUACCCUCUGCCGCCUGUACGCCGUCAAGAGGGAUGUGGUCGAAAUGAGUUUGAGGGUGAACAUAUUCAGGUGGCCCAAAAGACCAGUAUCGAUGCGCCUGCAAUUGCUGAAGAAAGCCAGUGGUUAUAAGCCCUUCCUUUACAAUGUCUGCCAGUCGGAUGUUUGCGAGUAUUUGGAGAAGCGGAACCAUCCAUUUGUCAACAUUAUUCUCAAUAGUUUCGCCAAUCGAACCAAUGUCGUUAGAUGUCCUUUACCUCGAGAAAUUAUCUUGGAGCACUUCCGCUUUCCGGUAAAGGUCCUGGAUCUGAUGCCUCUACCCUCUGGGGACUAUGCUCUCUUCAGCACCUUCAGUUUCGAGGGAAAAGAACGGGCCUUGGUCAAAGUAUAUUUCUCCAUAACCGAGUAUCGCUAACAAAGCAAUAACCAAAUUAAAUAUUAUUCGAAAAUUUGUAAUAAAACAUCGUUCGAGGUGCAAUAAACCAAUUAAUAAAUUUGCCAUAAAUUUGUUAACUGGCUGUAAAAGAGCUUUCCGAAUUGAUUAACCCUUUGUAAUUGUAAUAAAAAGAUUUGGAAACACAAAGUUAUUAAUGUUUAUUGUUUCGUAUUAAAAAACCGAUGGUUCUAACA